UUUUUUCCUUUCUCUUCUCUUCGUUCCUCGACACAGUGGUGUUUUUGGUUUUUGUCUUUUUGUAGUUUUAGUUUGUAUUCAUUUUGUUUUGUGUUUUACUUUUGUUUUUUUUGCUUCCUAGCAUUACGGUAGAACAGGACUAAACGAUUCUGUAGUUGCUGCUUGUAAUUGUUGUGUGUGAUCUCGUGAUUUGUAGGAUGUUAAGUUUUUUUAGUAUUUAUCUGUGGAAUUUAUGUACCAGAAGAAGAAUCGAUUCUGUAAAUGAUUAUGUGUCCAGUAGUUUAGUUGGUUAUGUAUGAUUCUUGGAGAUUUUAACUGAUUUUUCAAUUGAUUUUGGUUUUAUUUGUAUUUGGAACUGCAGUAGAGUGUGUAAAAAGGACAAGCUGAUUAUUGCAAUUAGUACGGUGAUGAGGGUGAAGGGGAUAAUUUAUUGGAUAUAUGAACGUUUUUUUUAUGUGCACUGAUUGUGUGUGUGUGUGUGUGUGUAGAUUGCAUAAACUGAGAGAUUGGUUCAUAUGUGGCUCUAGAUCUGUAUGUGGAAGCAAAAUCUAUCUUAGUUACUGUAAUACACUCUGGGAUAUGAGCCAUAGGAUUUUCAGUCAUAGGAUUGAGAAGAGAGUGUCUCACUCUCAUAUUCGGUCAAAGUUUACAAGUGAAAUAUCCACAACCGUUCUGAUCAUUUUUAGAAGUUUUGAGAUCUCAUGUACAUGUAUCUCACUUAUAGUUGUUUUAGCUGAUUGUAGGCAAACUGUUUUCUAAAAGAAAAUCCAAAAGUAGUUCAUAGGAUAGUGGCGUUUGAUUAUGUUAUCCAGCUGAUCUAUCAUCAUUUGAUAUUUUUAGAUGCUUGAGAAGGAAAUAUUGCAUGAUUAAGUGUUUAAAUAUAAUAAUGUGUGCAUGUGUAUAUAUAUAUAUAUAUAUAUAUUACUUUGUUUAUUGUUGCUGAUAUCAUAAUUGGUGCAGAUUUAGCCAUUAUUCUUACAAUAAUGAGUUCGUAUAUGAACUUUAAGAACUUCGGGGAUGCAGCACAGCAAGCAAAUGGUAGUGGUGGAAAACCAUCUAGUAAUUAUCCAUUGGCUCGACAGUCUUCCAUAUAUUCCUUGACAUUUGAUGAGUUUCAGAGCACCUUGGGUGGACCUGGAAAGGACUUUGGAUCGAUGAACAUGGAGGAGCUCCUGAAAAGCAUUUGGACAGCUGAGGAGAGCCAGGUUAUUAGUUCCUCUGCACCUGGAGGCAAUGGCACUGUCUCGGGUGGAAAUUUGCAGCGCCAGGGCUCUUUAACAUUGCCACGGACACUCAGCCAAAAAACUGUUGAUGAAGUGUGGAAGGAUGUCCUGAAAGAAACCAUCGGUGUCGAUGAUGGAAGUGGUAAUGAUGGUUUAAAUUUGGGGCCAAGGCAGACCACUUUAGGUAAUAUGACACUAGAAGAAUUUUUGUUUAGAGCCGGGGUGGUUAGAGAAGAUGCUCAGUUUGGCAAUUUACCUUCGUCGAAUGGGAACAACUCUGGUUUGACCAUAGGAUUUCAGCAACCAUCUCAGAGCCAUGUCGGGUUAGGAAAUGCACACGCGGAUCAGAGCAAUAUAAUAUUUGGUUCUCCUAAUUUGGGAAUCAAUAUGAACAGUGCUAGUGUUGCAUCUGCACAACCUCUUCCAUUACAGCCACUCUUCCCAAAGCAAGCAACGGGUGCUUUUUCCUCCCCGACACAGCUUGGUAACAAUUCUCAACUUGCUAAUCCAGGAACAAAGGGUGCUGCCAUUACUGUGACGAAUGCUUUGGGUAAUAACAUGGGUCAAGUUGGGACAAUUGCCAUUAAUGGAUUGAGCAACGGCGUCACAGUUUCCAGAGGGUCUCCUGUGGAUCAUCUGCACUCCGAUUCCAUUGUUAAGAGUAAUGUGGACACACCGUCUGCAUCACCUUCACCUUAUAAUUUUGCGGAUGGAGGACGUGGUAGGAGAUCAAAUGGCUCCUUGGAGAAAGUGGUGGAGCGACGGCGGAGGAGGAUGAUAAAAAAUAGAGAAUCUGCUGCUCGAUCACGAGCUAGAAAACAGGCUUAUACUCUGGAGUUGGAAGCAGAAGUGGCAAAGCUAAGAGAAAUAAACGAGGAGUUACAAAGAAAACAGGCAAAAUUUAUCGAGAUGCAGAAAAACCAGAUCUUGGAGACGACUAACAACCCCCGGGGAGGCAAACGACCGUGCCUGAGAAGGACGUUAACCGGACCCUGGUAGAUAUAUAUAUAUAUGCCAUUCUUCUUCUACUUAAGUGUCACCGCCCAUAGGUAGCCUUAAAACAAGGAAGCAAGGAAGGAGCACUAGUGUUGUAUAUUAUCUUAGCACGCCCGGCCCAUCUCUUAUGCAUCAUGCUGUGAGUGAGCUUUUAACAAACUCUGGCCAUCAUUAUUCAGAAUCAGACCAAUUGUUUGUUUGUCGAGAAACCACCUCCUCGGUUGAAUUGUCUCGUCUUUGUUGCACGGAAAAAGUAUUUAUAUAUAUAUCUAGAGAGGUGUUAUGCA